AUGGCAAGAUACCAAAUUUUUGCUUUUGCUUUUGUUGUUGUUUUCCUUUUGACUUCGUUUGCAGUUUUAUGUUCCUGUGGCCAUCCAUCCGUUACCUGCAUGGAAGAAGAGAGGCAAGCUCUUCUCAAGCUCAAAGGAAGCUUCCAAGAUCAAUCAUUCAGGCUUUCCUCUUGGGAAGGAAAUGAUUGUUGUCAAUGGAAAGGUAUAGGUUGUAGCAACUUUACAGGACAUGUUGUUAAGCUUGACCUUAGGAAUCCUUGUUACCCACCUAAAGACCAAGAUUUUCAAUCAAACUGUUCCUUCUCCAAAAAUAAGCUUGUAGCACAACAUUUUCAUCCUUCUCUGUCACAGUUCAAAUAUCUCAAUUAUUUGGACUUGAGUGGAAACAGUUUUAAUGAUAGCCCUAUACCAAUGUUCAUCCAUUCUUUGAAGCAGUUGCAAUUCCUUUCUCUCUCUGAUGCCCAUUUGAGUGGGAGGAUCCCGAACAAUCUUGGGAACCUGACAAAAUUGUCCCUUCUUGAUCUCAGCUUCAAUUCUCUUUUAUAUUCUGAUGACAUCUAUUGGGUUUCAAAACUUUCAUCUCUCCAAAACCUUUACAUGACUGAUGUAUAUCUGGGGAAGGCUCAAAAUUUAUUCCAGGUACUUCACAUGCUUCCUUCUUUGUUACAAUUAGACUUGAUGAAUUGCAGCAUUAGCAAGGUGCACAGUCAUCCUCAACUUGUCAGUUCCACAAAUCUUUCUAGACUUCAAGUCCUCAAUCUCGCAGAGAAUGGACUUGAAGCUCCACAUCUUGAUUUUUUUAUAAACAUGACUUCCAUUCAAACUAUUUUCCUUUCUGACAACAACCUGAGUUCAGUUCCAUCUGCUUUUCAAAAUCUGACUUCCUUGACAAUACUUGACCUUUCCCAAAACAAUAUUGGUUCUGUGCCGUCGUGGUUAGGUGGAAUGAAGGGUCUUCUGUCCCUCAAUAUUUCAGGGAAUCAUGUAAAUCAUAUCGAGGGUUCUCUAAUAUCAAUGUUGGGAAAUCUUUGUCAUCUUCUAUUGCUAGAUAUGUCAGGAAACAAGAUUCAAGGAGAUGCACUCGUUGGCUAUUUACAAUCUGGCUGCAUUAGGUAUGAUUUAGAGGAACUGGAUUUGAGUAACAAUGAAUUCAAUGGUUCGUUGCCAACAUGGUUGGGUAAAUUUGAAAAUCUACUUGUCCUGGCUCUUGAGUCCAAUUUAUUCUAUGGUUCUAUUCCACCAUCUUUUGGAAAAUUGUCGAACUUGGAAUAUCUGAACAUUGCUGAAAAUCGUUUGAAUGGAUCUAUUCCAGACUCUAUAGGACAACUGAAAAAUCUAACUCAAUUAGAUAUUUCUAAUAAUAAGUUGGUUGGGGUUCUUCCUUGUAGUAUAACAACCCUUGUCAGUCUAGAGUAUUUGCUUCUUAACAAUAAUAACUUGACAGGGUCUCUUCCUAAUUGUAUUGGACAACUUGUCAAUCUAAAGACCUUACUUCUUUCUUCUAAUCAUUUUCAUGGUGUUAUUCCUAGGAGUAUUGAGCAACUUGUAAGCCUAGAAAACCUCGAUCUUUCAAGAAACCCUCUGAAUGGUACAAUUCCUGAAUAUCUUGGCCAACUUUCAAAGUUGAGCACCCUGUAUCUUAGUCAAAAUAAUUUACAUGGGAACAUUCCACAUAGUCUUGGUCAACUUCUGAAUCUGGUCAACUUAGACAUGUCUCUCAAUAAUUUGGAGGGUAUGAUUUCUGAAAUAAGAUUUCCUAAGAAACUGGUUUACUUGAACCUCACCAAUAACCAUAUCACUGGGUCUAUUCCACAAAACAUUGCUGAUAGAUUGCCCAAUGUUUCUCAGUUGCUUCUUGGAGAUAACCUUCUAAAUGAUUCCAUUCCAAAUUCUUUGUGCAAAAUAAACUCCUUGUACAAUCUUGACCUUUCGGGCAACAUAUUAUUUGGCAAAAUUCCCAAUUGUUGGAGUUCUACUCAAAGAUUGAAUGGGAUAAAUUUGUCCUCCAACAAAUUAUCUGGUGUUAUUCCAAGCUCAUUUGGUAAUCUUUCCACUUUGGUAUGGUUGCAUUUGAACAAUAACAGUCUUCAGGGGGAGUUUCCAUCUUUUUUGAGAAACUUAAAGCAACUGUUAAUUUUAGAUCUUGGAGAGAAUCAAAUGUCAGGGAUUAUACCUUCAUGGAUAGGGGACAUCUUUUCCUCAUUGCAUAUCCUCAGGCUACGACUGAAUAAGUUCCACGGAAACAUUCCUUCACAAAUAUGCCAACUUCCUGCAAUGCAAAUAUUGGACCUUUCCAACAACAUGUUGAGGGGUACAAUCCCUCAGUGCAUUGGAAAUCUCACAGGAAUGAUAUUAGGAAAGCAACCUGCUGUUGUCCUUACUCCUGGAGAGCCAAGGUUCUUUGAAUGGUAUGAACAAGCUGUCAGACAGAUCAUAAAAGGAACAGAACUUGAAUAUACCAGAAAUUUAAAACUGGUAGCCAACAUGGACUUGUCAAAUAACAGUUUGAGUGGAUCUAUCCCUGAAGGAAUAACUCUUCUUACAGCAUUGCAAGGCCUAAACCUUUCACACAAUCAUCUGUCAGGAGAAAUUCCUACAAGGAUAGGGGACUUGAAGUCACUGGAAUCUUUUGAUGUCUCUCAUGAUCAACUUUCAGGCACAAUUCCAAAUGACAUGUCUCGUUUAACUUUUCUAAGUCACUUAAACUUGUCCUACAACAACCUUUCUGGACCGAUUCCACAAGGAAAUCAAUUUUCAACCCUUGAUGAUUCAUUUAUUUAUGUUGGCAACCCAUUUCUCUGUGGGGCUCCACUGUCAAAACCUUGUGAUGCUGGUAAAGAUGAGACAAAUGGCAAUGGAGAUGAAGAUGAAGAUGACAAACAGGAUCGGUCAGAGAAAUUCUGGUUUUACUUUGUCAUAGCAGUUGGAUUUGCUUGUGGGUUUUGGAAUGUGGUUGGAAUUUUAUUGUUGAAGAAGAAAUGGAGGCAAGCUUACUUUGGAUACAUUGAUGAGGCAGUGCAGAGGAUACGUGUAAAAAUUGCAGUAGAGUUAGCAAGGUUGAGGAAAAGGUGUGUGGGAAACCCUGUUGAUUAAUGACUCAUUGUCUUUAUACAUAUUGUGUGUCUGUUUUAUGCCCCUGUGAAUAUUUCAAGUUUGUUUUGCUUGCUCAUAAAUUGCUUCACUUCUAAUCUAAGUGAAAGCUAGUAAUGCUACUUGUAGUAAUGCUUUGU